AUGUUACAAAGGAAUGUUUUUAUAGCCGAGCUUGUUGAUGGAAGACUAGAAACCCAUAAAACCGUAACCCUCAAAUUUUCAGAAUUUGAGUCAUCUCUCCCAACAAUUAAGGCCAAAGUGUUUGAGGCCCUUGGCCAAGAGCAGUCCAUUGUGCUGAUAGACAGCCAUCAUAAUGAGAUAAUGGACUGUGAAGGAACAAGGGGACCUGGCUUCUGGAAACAGAAUGCAAGGAAAAUUUACGCUGUUCCAGAAGAACAACUACAAAGGCUCAGGGGGAAUAAGCGAAAGAGAGAAAGUCGAAAUGGUGACAGUAGUGCCCUUCCAGAGGUGUUGGACCAAAUUGAGGAGGUCCUUUUGGCAUCCCAAGGUUUGCAGGAAGUAUCCAAGUCACUGAAAGACCUUGUGGCAUUUGUCAGAGGAAACAAGUACACAACUGUCAGCCUCAGCGAAGACCAGGCUGCUGCUGUAAAAGCAGCCUUUUCUUGUGUCAUUUGUAGAGACCCCAUGAAGGAUCCAAUGUUUGCAAGCUGUUGUACCACCGUACUUGGAUGCAGAGCCUGUUUGGAUCAGUGGCAGGAUGGUCAUGCACACUGUCCCAAGUGCCGGACCGAUGAUUUUUCUUUCCACAUCCAGUCUGUUGUGGGGCUGGACGAUGCCCUCACAGCACUUCACAAUAUUAUUUCCUGA